CGAGGGGCUGCCGGAGUGAGCGCGAGGCCGAGUCAAGGGAACGCGAGCACCGCCGAGGUUUCACGCCCCAGAAACGCAGGGCAGAAAGUUUGAACACGUCCGAGCAGGAUGGGGAACACAAAGAGCAGCGCUCUGUCCAAGGAGCUCCUGGAGGACCUGAAGUCCAACACGAAGUACUGCGAGGCCGAUCUCUGCACCUGGUACCAGUCCUUCCUGAAGGAGUGUCCCGGCGGGAAGAUCAGCAAGGAGCAGUUUGAGGGCAUCUACGCCAGCUUCUUUCCCGACGCCGACCCCACGGCGUAUGCGCGGCACGUGUUCAGGAGCUUUGACACCAACGCAGACGGCACCCUGGACUUCAAGGAGUACAUCGUGGCGCUGCACCUCACCUCCGGGGGAAAGACCCUGCAGAAGCUGGAGUGGGCCUUCGCGCUGUACGACGUGGACGGGAACGGAACCAUCAGCAAGAAUGAAAUCCAAGAGAUCGUUCGGUCAAUAUUCAACAUGAUUCCCGCUGAUGACCAGAAGAACCUCCCCGAGGACGAGAACACACCAGAGAAGAGGUCUGAAAAAAUCUGGGAAUUCUUUGGGAAGAAGGAGAACGAUAAAAUCUCAGAGGGAGAAUUCAUCCAGGGUGUGAUGGAAAACAAGGAUAUCUUGCGGUUGAUACAAUACGAUGAACCUCAAAAAAUUAAAGACAAGCUGAAAGAAAAGAAGCAGUAGUAUAGUUGCAAGAAAACCCCUCGUGUGUUUGUAAAGACUAUUUUUAUUUUUCUGUUCGUCAUACAUGAUAUUGCUGCUUGUAUACGCUUGACCCAUAUUCUUUCUUUUUGGUUUUUUUGGUACUACCAGCCAAACAGUGUUGUGUUUGUAACCAGAAAGCAUUUAGAAAUUGUAUUUAAUUGUAGAAUUCACAAGCCAAGGAUCCUUGAAAUUGCAACUGAGUUUGAUAUUUUGUUAUAUUUGUGUGUCUGGUGUUAUUGUUCUGCCCUACGGAGCCAAAAUGUAUUAAUUUAUGUAAUAAAAAC